UUAUCGAUCUCACUGCGUCACUUCCGGCCCUCGCUCCUUUUCUCCGAUCCUGUCCCGUCUGUGUGGCCCGCGUGUUUACACACUCCCAGAUGAAGGAGUCGAUAAUGAACCAGGAGAAGCUUGCCAAACUGCAGGCGCAGGUCCGCAUAGGCGGCAAAGGGUCAGCCCGCAGAAAGAAGAAGGUGGUGCACAGAACAGCUACAGCAGAUGACAAGAAGCUGCAGUUCUCCCUCAAGAAACUGGGAGUCAACAACAUCUCUGGCAUCGAGGAGGUGAACAUGUUCACAAACCAGGGAACAGUGAUCCACUUCAAUAACCCAAAGGUUCAGGCCUCCUUGGCAGCCAACACUUUUACGAUCACAGGGCACGCUGAGAACAAGCAGCUCACAGAGAUGCUCCCAGGAAUCUUAAACCAGCUGGGAGCCGACAGUCUUACCAGCCUCAGGAGAUUAGCGGAGACCCUGCCCAAACCAGCUGGAGACAACAAAGCCCCCAUGGUUGCUGCUGAGGAGGAGGACGAUGAGGUUCCAGACCUUGUUGAAAACUUUGACGAGGCUUCAAAGGACGAGGCAAACUAACUAACAUCAGUAAAAUUUUUAAAGCUCCUUCUGACUCACCGUACUUUGACAGCAGCAUUUUGUAAUUGUUAAUGUAUGUGGCUACAAAGAAAAGUUGCUUUUUAAUUGUGACCUCGACAAUUGGGCUAAAACAAGUAAAAAUGACUUUUUAUGGCAACUGUUACCCACCCUGUGUUUGAUUUGCCUCGUUCUGUACAAGUGAAACGAUUUAAUUCAGCGGAAUGUGCAAACCUUUGUCUUUCUAACACUGCCUCUCCUGCAUCGUGAUGGCCACACAUCAAAAAUGUAUUGAUGGAACUGAUGUAAUAAAGAUUACAUUUAAAUGUA